CUCCCCAUUGGGGCAAUUUCAUUUCUGAAGUAUCUUUUUCCUUUUCUUCUUCUUCUUCUUCUUCUUCUUCUAUCUUCACCACCCUCAGAAUGGCCACACCAGCAGAAUACUUUAGAUCUCUACCACCUGUGAGCAAGAUCUAUGGAGUGGCCUGUUUACUGACCACCACUGCCUACUCUCUCCAACUUUAUAGUCGUGGGAACAUUGCUCUUUCUUAUGAACUUGUAUUCAAGCGCUUCCAGGUUUGGAGGCUUGUUACAAACUUCUUCUUUCUCGGGCCAUUUUCAUUUGCCUUUGCAUUUCGUCUUCUGAUAAUAGCCAGAUAUGGUGUUUCAUUAGAGAGGGGGCCAUUCGACAAAAGGACAGCAGACUAUGUAUGGAUGCUGAUCUCUGGAGCACUGUCACUUUUGGUGAUGGCCGCUGUCCCGUAUCUAUUGUCUGAGUUCAUGGGAGCUUCAUUGGUUUUCAUGAUUGUCUAUGUUUGGGGCCGUGAGUUCCCAAAUGCCCAAAUCGAUUUCUAUGGUCUUGUUUCAUUUAAGGGUUUCUAUCUUCCCUGGAUUUACCUAGCACUGGAUUUACUUUUGGGUAAUCGUUUGAUGCCAGACAUCCUCGGGAUGGUUGCAGGGCAUCUCUAUUACUUUUUAACAGUGCUUCAUCCUCUAGCCGGUGGAAAAAACAUAUUAAAGACUCCUCUCUGGGUUCACAAACUGGUGGCAUUAUGGGGAAAGGGAACCCAAGUGAACUCCCCAGUACAGCAGGAUCCAAAUGCAGGAGUGGCUUUUCGGGGAAGAAGCUAUCGCCUGAAUGGGAAUCAAAGGAGGAGUCCAUCAGAAGCAGAAACAAGCACUCCCAUGCAGCAGACUGAUCCAAAUUCUGGAGUUCCUUUCCAGGGACAAAGCUAUCGUCUUGGAGGCCGUUAGCUUAUUUUUGUUUUGUGUUGUUAGCAACAAUGGCUUAAUCAGGAUGCAUCCAGAUUGAUGCCUCCCUCUUUAUCCAUGGCCUGCAUGGGAACAACUGAGAGGAUUUAGAAUAAGUGUUUCUACAUAUUAAGUUCUACUGUGUCUGGUGUAGCUGUAACUUUGAUAUGCAAACUCAUUUUCAAAAAGAUAUGUACCUGAAAAAGCUUACUAGUCAGAGUUACUGUGCUUUCUAUAUUUGUACUAUGACUUUUUAAGCAAAUACUUGAAUUAACCUGAUACAUUUAUAAAUUAAA